AAGCUUUUGAGUUCUCUCAUCUCAGAGAUAUUGAAUUGUACAUUUUCAUCAAGAUGACGAUGAGUUCUGUCACUGGGGUUCUUCUUCUUUCUGUGUUAUUUGUUUUGGAACCUGUUUCUGGUUCUAGACAUGGACCAUGGUGGCAUUCUACCGGCCAGGAUUUAUUGGCUAGCCAGGAUCUCGUGACCGACUUGCCCGGCCAACCUGCCGAUGUAGGGUUCCGGCACUACGCUGGGUAUGUGACUGUUAACGAGAAGAAUGGGAGGGCCCUCUUUUACUGGUUCUACGAGGCCUCGGUUCGUCCUGAUGAGAAGCCAUUAGUGCUGUGGCUUAAUGGAGGUCCAGGGUGUUCUUCUGUGGGAUACGGAGCAACCCAAGAAAUUGGUCCUUUCAUUGUGGAUACAGAUGGACGUGGGAUUAAACUCAAUCCUUAUUCAUGGAACAAAGAAGCAAAUAUGUUAUUCUUGGAAUCUCCAGUUGGAGUUGGCUUUUCAUACUCAAACACAACUACUGAUUAUAAAAUCCUGGGGGAUGACUUUACAGCAAAAGAUACUUUUGCUUUCCUGCACGAGUGGUUCUUAAAAUUUCCAUCAUAUAGAAGAAGAAGCUUUUAUAUUGCUGGGGAGAGCUAUGCAGGAAAAUAUGUCCCAGAGUUGGCCGAGCUCAUUUAUGAUAUGAACAAGGAUCCUCAUCUGUAUAUUGAUCUCAAGGGUUUCUUGUUGGGUAAUCCUGAAACAUCUGAUGCUGAUGACUGGCGAGGAUUAGUGGAUUACGCUUGGAGUCAUGCUGUGGUAUCUGAUGAAACCCACAAAAUAAUCAAAGAGACCUGCGACUUUGACAGCAACAAUACUUGGAGCAAUGAUAAUUGCUCCCAGGCUGUUGAUGAAGUACUCAAGCAGUACAGGGAGAUUGAUAUUUAUAGCCUCUAUACCUCUGUGUGCAAAAAUAUUUCGACAGGUUCAGAUGAUAAUUCAGUGCAAGUCAUGUUCAAACCCAUGUCUAAGAUGAUGCCAAGGAUCAUGGGUGGUUACGACCCUUGCCUUGACAAAUAUGCAGAAAAUUUCUACAACAGACCCGAUGUUCAGAAGGCUCUCCAUGUCAGUGAUGGCCAUAUCCUCAAGAACUGGAGCAUCUGCAACAAUGAUAUAUUCAUUGGAUGGUCAGACUCGAAGCCUUCUGUUCUGCCUAUAUACAAGAAGCUCAUUGGAGCAGGACUUAGAAUAUGGGUCUACAGUGGAGACACGGACGGAAGAGUUCCUGUAUUGUCCACAAGAUACAGUUUGAUAUCUUUGGGACUACCCAUCACUAGGGCAUGGAGACCUUGGUACCACGAGAAGGAGGUCAGUGGUUGGUUCCAAGAAUACAAGGGGCUUACAUUUGCAACAUUUAGAGGAGCUGGUCACGCCGUGCCGGUUUUCAAACCCAGCAAUUCCUUGUCCUUUUUUGCGUCUUUUCUCGCCGGAGGUUCUCCACCGUCUGGACAACAAGUUGACAAUAACUAGCCAGCUGGCCGGAGAACGUCUUCUUUCAUUUUUGCUCUGAACUGAUGAUCCAUCUUAGGAUUUUGAUUGUUAGAUAAUAAAUGUAAACAUGCUUAAUUAGGAAAUAAUUUAUAAUAAGGAAGAAAUGCUUUU